GCUUGCUACUCCUCUACUGCGGAAAGCCAUAACGUCUCACCACCUCUUCUACUUGCCCAUUCUCUUAUCCUGCUCAAUUCCACUGUCAGCCAUCUGACCGGAACAUGGCCUGGUUUUCUCCAGGAUACCCACCAUCCACCGUCUUCCGGCCAUGUACGUUAUCAAAGCUCGGGCUCAGAGGCAACUGGCUCUGCAUCUACAACUUUUUUGACUACUGGUCUUCAGGAGACUUAUCUUGAGGGCAGUACGCACGGUUUCCUGCUCGAUUUACUUGGCAUCCCGGUCCUCGAUAAAAUGAUCGACUUGGACCUCUGCCAGCGACCUGAUCCAAACGAUGUACAUAUUAUUCCUGCUAAACUGAAUCUUGAUGUUAUUCAAAAGUCACCUUGUCAGUUACUGGAUAAGGCUUUUCUCGGUUUUAUUGAACUCGCUAAUCUCUGGCUCAAUUCUUCGGGUUCUUCAUCAAAGUCUCUACACAAACCGAGCAAUCCGACCGAUUCCGACAACAUUUUCCUUUUAACGUUUUGUGAUGAGAGUCUUUCUGCUAAAAAGCGACGUAUCUUAAAUUUACUUACAAACUGGACAUCUCGAAGAACAUUUUUGGUAAGUUCAAUAGGAUUUAUCUGA